UUUACAACACUUCUAACUCUGGUCACAGCUACCACAGCGUCCAUUGUCAUCUGACACUUUUUGUUUCUUAGUUUUUUUUUUACAUUUUGGGGAUUAAUUUCGAUUUCCCACUGCUGAAGUUUACUCAGAAAGCUUUCUGGGAUUGUUCCCUAUAAAAGGACUGAAUCUCUCUUCUUGGGUUUGAACUCAAUCCAUCAAAAAAGCAAAGAAAAAUAACUCGAACGGAGAAGUGAAGGGAUAGAAUGAGUAGAAUCGGAUUCGUUAUCCUACUUUUUCUGGCUCUCUCUUCUGGUUUUCUACUCUCUUUCUCGGCUGCCAAACAGCGGCCAUUCGUAAAGAAAGCGUCAGCUUCAUCAGGAACUUCGGCUAUCUUCCCUGUUCAGGGCAAUGUUUAUCCUCUUGGUUACUACUCUGUUUCCCUAAAGAUAGGCAAUCCACCCAAAGUGUUCGACCUUGAUAUUGACUCUGGUAGUGACCUCACUUGGGUCCAAUGCGAUGCUCCUUGUACUGGUUGCACUAAGCCUCGUGAUAGCCUUUAUAAGCCGAAGAACAAUGUCUUGCGCUGCGCAGAUCCAAUUUGCUCGGCCGUCCCCCCUCCAGGGAACCAGCCCUGCAACUCCCCAACCGAACAAUGUGACUACAAAGUUGAUUACGCCGAUCAUGGAUCAUCUUUGGGUGUGUUGGUCAUGGAUAGCUUUCCUCUCAAAUUCACAAAUGGCUCAACUCUUGGCCCUCGUUUGGCUUUUGGAUGUGGAUAUGAUCAGGAGUAUAAAGGUCAUGGCACGCCACCUCCAACCGCUGGUGUUAUUGGCCUUGGCAAAGGCAAAGCCGGUAUCUUGUCGCAACUUUCUCAACUGGGUCUGACUAGAAAUGUAGUUAGUCAUUGUUUUAGUGAGCGUGGAGGAGGUUAUCUCUUCUUUGGGGAUGAUUUUGUGCCUUCUUCAGGAAUCUCAUGGAUACCAAUAUCAACCAAAUCUCCUGAAAACUACUACUUAUCAGGACCGGCAGAGCUUUACUUCAAUGGAAAGCCAGCAGGACCAAAAGGCCUUGAUGUCAUUUUUGACAGUGGAAGCUCAUACACCUACUUGAAUUCCCAAGCUUAUGAGGCCGUAGUUAACCUGGUGAAAAAUAGCUUAAAUGGAAGUCCUCUCAAGAACGCAUCCGAUGAUCCAUCAUUGCCACUUUGCUGGAAAGGCAACAAAGCCUUCAAAACCGUUAAAGACGCCAAGAGAUUCUUCACACCCUUCGCUUUAAGCUUUACCAACGCGAAGAAUGCCCAGCUGCAAAUACCGCCGGAAGCUUAUCUAAUAGUCUCGAAACAUGGAAAUGCAUGCUUGGGAAUUUUGAAUGGCGCUGAGGUUGGAUUGGGCAAGUUAAAUAUCGUUGGAGAUAUUUCGAUGCAAGGAAAAAUGGUGAUUUACGACAAUGAAAAGCAACAGAUUGGAUGGGGUGCUGUGAAUUGUGAUAGGCCUCCCAAGCCUGUGGAAGGUGAAUAUGAUGAAGAUAUUCUCCAGCCAUCAUGUGCAGUUAAUUUUGGCAUAGCAGAAGAGAACAGCUGUUCUUCAGGUUUUUUUUACAAAUAACAAGCUAGCUCCACUGAGGAAGAAGGCAAAUAAAGAGAAUUAAAGUAAAAGCGGGUUCAUCCAAAUAUAUAUAUGUCUAUAGAUAAUACUUGUGCUAGGUUAUAUUAAGGUUUUUGAAGUCCUUGUCAUCUUCUUAAUAUAAUCUACAUUACAGAACAGAUUAUGGAUUCCGAGUAUAUAUACCAAUACACAUUCAAAUGAUGAUAAUUUUUUGUUAGAAUGAAAUUUCAUUUACAACGAAGCA